GAGCAAAGGCGACUUUUGCUUUCGGCACCAACGGCCCCAGCGACCUCUACCAAAUUCUCGAUUGAAUGGAUGUGAUUUUGUCUCUGUCUUCUCGGCUCUUUAAUCUUGUCCGCCUCUGCCUCUUGGGUGGAUGCUUGUUUGUGAGCGCAAUUUCAUUGUGCCGCCAGCAUUUGAAACGAACUACGUCAUCAAAACCUCAUUCCAACAUUAAAGACCUCCACCCAGAGUGCUGCCAAGAGUCUUUCGCUCACAGUCGGUGGUAUUGCUUGAUUACCGGUUAGCCUUGAGGCCGGCCCCUGUCUAUCCUGUCAGGGUGGGUGCUUUGGCGGCUUUUUUGGGUUGGAAUAGCGCGCCUUGCCUGCAGCUGUCCCGCCCCGGCCAGGGGAGAGCUCCAACAGAAGCAAGACAAGCUCCUUGUCAUUCUUCCCACCCCCUCACCUAUUGUCUCGGCUUAUCAGUCUGCAAGGUUGCAGCAAGACGGCGCUACGGAGCACGUUGCCCAGUCGGGUAUUGCGGAUAGCUUGCAAGGUGUGGUUGGUUUCCUGUGGUGUGCAGUCGUGCUGCAAUUGACUGCGGUGAAAAGCGCCAGUGGGGGUUUGGUGUGGGUGUGGUAGUUGACUGAUCGAUAUCUGGUAUCUCAUCCGACGCCAUGAUCACAAAGGCUUUGGUCUGAUUUUUGGUUUGGUCUGAUUUUUUAUUUAAUUUUUUUCUGUCAGGUUGUCGCUCCUGCAGAUAGUGGUUCUGCCAGCUCAUAGUCAAAAAAAUAUCCUCUCCACCUAGGGAUGGAAUAAUCUUUUCCCUCGCUUUCGUCCCAUCAAUCCUUCCCUCCCCUCUCGUUUGCUGCCUACGCAAGUUCUUCUCGUUUCUUUUCGUCCCAUUGCUUGCUACCGUGGUUGAUUAGUUGCGUGUUGCUGGUGCAUCAGUUCUGAAUCAAGGCAUUGUGUUGACUACCGUCAUAGCUCAUUGUUUCUGUUUCUGGUGCUUGUCUCCACACUGGCACCCUGUCUUUUCUGUUUUAUUUUUGGCCAGAUAGCAUCGACUCAAGUUUUCUUCGUCCAUAACCCUCUUCUGCUCUGUCCUCAGUCAAUUUUGUCAGGGCAAAUUCCUGUCAAUUGCCAGGCCGAGAGCAAGAGGUAACCAAAGGAAGCUUGCAGGAGUCGCGUAAUCGACGUCUGCUAAGGGAGGGCACCACGAGAACAAUGGCGCCACUGUUCAGCGCUCUCAAGAGCAUCCGGAGAGCUUCGAGGCACAGCUUCAAGACGGCACCACCGCCCUCCCCGGUUCCGGAACAUGAUACAGCUUCAGCGGGCGAGUCUUCGAGUGACGCCGAUGCUGCUAGUAAUGGCACUGCGCCCACCAGCGGCUCCAUAACUCCUCCAUCCAUAUCCGCGCAGUCGGACCCAGCUCUUAACCUCAGCUUACCGACCGCUCGGGAUGAUGAUGGACCUUAUAACAUCACCACCCGGCCGCCGAUGCCUGGCCAGCGCGACAGCGGCUUCGCAUCGGCUUCGAACCGAUACAGCAUGUAUGGGGCUGGAUCCGGUUCAGUAUCGACCCCGCCUAAUGGUACAUCACCACCCUCGAAAAGGCCAUCACGUGGCAAAUACGCACCCAGGAUCCUGAAUGUCGAGGACAGGACCUUUGUUCACCAAAAGCUACUAACUAUGAGAGGCGAGGUCGGUGAGCCUAGCAAGCUCGUUGAUGGCACCGUAACAGUGCAUUAUCAAAACAAUCAAAUGCCCUCCCUCGAAUUCCCAGUAUGCUCGUCUCAAUUUAAGGCCUUAGUACCCCUUUUCCCAGGUACCAACAGACUUCGGCUCGACUACACGAGCUCUAAGCACACUCACGGAGAGCUGAAUUCUUCAUGGAUUACCGUCAACUAUGUACCGACUACGAACUGCCCGCCGCUGCAGCUGGCUAUCUUGGUGGCCAAGGACUCUUCAAGAACAUUCGAUUCCGUGCCGAACAGGGUCGAGCGUGAGGGGAAUGGGCUGGAUGCUGCCGUUCGUAAGUUCCGAAUGGCAGCUUAUCUGUGGCAGGCUUUCACGGCCGAGCAGAUGGCAUUGCAUGCCAAGGCGGAGAAGACACACGCAGAUCCUCACCGUCCUGCAGCCGUAGUAGACUACAGAUCGUUCAGAUUCGAGGAGGAAUGGACCCAUGGCUCAUUCAGCAGUCGCGACCAAGAGAAUGGGACUAUGCGAUCAGAGGCCAGGGUUCACAUUGUGGAGAUGGACAAGACGGUGGCCGAGAUUCGUGACGCCGACUUGGCCCAGCAAAAUCAGGAUGCAAAGAACCCCGGUGGUCUGUUCGAUAUUGCAAUGGGCGCUCUCAAGGAUUACUUCAAACCGCAACCGGGACAAAAGCACUACGUGGCUGCUCUGAUCCUGGAUUCGCACUGGGACCCUUCUAAUCAACUCAUCACAGGCCAUGCUGCUUUGGGUGGCGGCAAUGGUGAGGUAAACCUGGGGUUGUUCGGAUCGCAUUGUCUGUGGAGCUAUCCGACAUGCAUUGAGGAAGUUGACGCCUGCUUCACGGACUGCAACCCUACAGACUCGAAAUUCGUAGCCAACGACUGUCGGGAGGCUGGCAGUAGCUGGGAAGCAUGCAACAUCGGAAUUGGUUCACAUCUUCAUGAAGUCGGUCAUUUGUUCGGCCUACCCCAUCGAUCUUCGGGAGUCAUGUGUCGCGACUAUGUGCGCCUACAUCGCAGCUUUGUCGCCCGCGAGGCGUUCUGUACUAGGACCAAGGAGAAGGGCGGACCGGUGGCUGAUAAGGAGGAGUGCCAAUGGACUUGGCUGGACUAUUUGACCCUUCGCACGCAUCCUUGCUUCUUGACGUCAAUGGAUAACAUGACAACGGACAUGGGAGUUAUGGCCUGGCCAACUGAUCCAGACUCGGUCAUGAUCACUUCGCAAGCCGGACUAUCUCACAUCGAACUCUAUGCCGAUGGCGAGGAGGAAUGUUGCGAGACCAUGACGUUUGACAAGGAUACGCGCUCUACCAUGCUGCGGGAGAAGGAUUUGCGUUAUAAACUACCAACAAACAAGCGGCUGGCUCCGUUCCGUAUGGUCGCCCGCUCGUUCGGAGGAGGAAGGUUCGAAACUGCAGACUUUAAGCGACUAGCGGCUGUCGAUUCCAACUUCAAGCUCGAUGGAAGGACAUAUUGGAGAAGCCCACGCGUUGGUUCAUCCAGCCUGGAGGAUUCAGAAAAGCACGAGGUGGUCUGCACCCCGGCGCGUCAAGGCGACGACAACAAGAGCAGGAUCAUGAAGCGCAUAGUCGUCUACUCCGGCAGCUAUCUCAACGGCAUAGAGUUUGUUUAUGACGAUGACUCACGCCAGUUGUUUGGAAACAAGGGCGGGAAGCCUGGGGGUGACACUUUUGAUCUGAACAUUCCCCGCGGCGAGCAGCUUGCCGGCUUUAAAGUGAAGUCGGGAAGCUGGGUGGACGCAAUUCAGAUCCUGACAGAUCAAAACAGGCGAUCGACAUGGUUUGGCACCGCGAGCAACGGUACUCUUACUACGACGCACCUCGUACCUCCCAGGGGUUUCCGCAUCUGUGGUGUCGCUGGAUCAUGCGGCUCAUGGGUGGAUGCUUUCCAAAUCGUUUACCGACGUGGUUGAACUCGCACAAGCCGCAUACCUUUACCCCAACACACAAAAGACCCCGAUACUUCACGAUCAAAAUCACAUCAAAAUACCGAUACACAUCCCGCCAAUCUUUUAUACCCACGACUAUAUUCAGGAGCCACACGGGAGGCCGAUGACCGUCACUCGAAGCUACAGUUUUCCAGCGACACAUUUGAACAGCAGGAACCGCAUAUGGUCCGGUCUGCUCCAUUGUUUGCCGUACAUACCAUGGUUGUCUCAUACCACUUUCCGCCACUUUCGCCUCUUUGCUUCUCCUGGCUUCUUUGCUUCUGGUUGAUCCUAUCUAUACAGUCUACCGCAGCGCAAAUCUCGACCCAAUCAGUUCCAAUAAUAAUUCUCCGACAAAAGAAAAUGGCUAAUAACUACUGGAUCGCGAUGGCCGGGAAAGCGCAACGGUUGUCCUCUACUAAUCAGUCCUCUUGUUUUGCAUGGGUUUGGGUCGGUGUUUCUAACACAUGAGCUGGGAUAGAUAAUGUGGACUCAGCUUGCUCUGCGCUCCAGAUCGUCAGGGCUUUUAUCUUUGUUUCUUUUGUUGAGGGAUAACCCUUGUGAUUAGUACAUAGAGCCUGGGAAUAACAGAAGAGGCCAUGACUUUCGCAAAAAGAAUGAUCC